UGUGUGUGAUGACGGCAUAGCAUACAUUGGAACCAAGCAAAGAAUGAGCUAGCCCUAAAUAGAUUAGUCUUCCAACAUUGUGGGAAUUUCUACAUUCAAUCUCCAAAAUACAGCUUAAAACUGAUCUCAAAACAACGUUAUCGAAGGAACAUCAAGCGAAAGUCACGAGGUAUACUUCUUUCCCACUUGGUCAUGUUGGACAGAGACGUGCUAGCUAGCCUUUCUACUGUACCUGUCACUGGCAGCAGAGAACUGGAAGGAAAGGCUCCCAAAGGAGGUGCUGGCUUUGGGGACGUCCAGUGAGAUAUACCUGCUGGAGCGCGUGCUACGGGUCGGUGUUGUUAUCGUGACCAGUGAGCUGAGGUCAUCUAACUGAACUAUAUCUGUCUUGACAUUGACUUCAUUGCUGUUGUUGCCACGUGAGCAGGACAAUAUGAGUGGAGAGAGGGAAACGUUGAUGGAUGAAAUGGAACAGAGUUUAUACACUUUAACCAACGACAGUUUACGCUGCCUGUGUGAACGCAGUGGAAUAGGUGGCAAGGAUGGCUCUGAUGUUCAAGGAAAGAAUCACCAUCACUCAUUGUGCCGUAAAAUCCUGGAGGAACUUGGGAAAAAUGCAGAUUCAAUGGAAUCGGAGGAGCAGGGAAUGUCUUGGUUACUCCGACUGAAAGAGGACAUCAGAAAGAUACAGGAGGAUUGUAUCGGUGCACCUUUGAGUCCCAGCCAAUCCAUUGAUGAUGAUGCUGUAGACUGUGAUGAAGAAGGGAACCAGAAGGACAUGGAUUGGUUACCUAGCAAAAGGCUGGAGGUGGAACCCAUGAGUCCCAGCCAAUCAUUUGAUGAUGACGCUGCAGACUGUGAUGAAGAAUGGGAUGAGGAGGACAGGGAUUUGUUGCGUAGCAAAGGGCUGGAGGUGGAGUCAGCACCAGAGAGACACACACCAGAGCAGAGGGAGGAGAGCGUGAGUGGGUCCCCCUCUCUGUCCUCUCCUGGUAAUGCCUUACUGCUGGGUCUGAAGAGGGUGUCUGUGUGGCUGGUCGACUGCAGGAAAACACCAGGGUUGAGAGGAACUGCUGGAGGAGACGAGGAGGAGGAAGGAGACAUGAUUCAUCAAAGAGAGAGACGUGGCAACCGUGGAUCUUCUGGGGAGUCUCAACAACAACCUCAUGCUGACAACACAGACUGGAGUCUCCCCACAUCAAAACACCUCAAUAAACAACCACAGAGACAUACAGGGAAGAAACCACACCACUGCUGCUCUGAGUGUGGGAAGACUUUCGGCUGUCCAGCGACUCUCAAAAUGCACAGAAGAAUCCAUACAAGAGAGAAACCUUACCGCUGCUCACAGUGUGGGGAGACUUUCAGUCAAAAAAUUACUCUUAAGAUUCACCAGCAGAUGCACACUGGGAAGAAACCUCACCACUGCUCUGACUGCGGAAUGAGUUUCAGUGUUUUAUCAAGCUUGAAAAUCCAUCAAAGCACCCACACUGAAAAUAAACUAUUCCAAUGCUCCAAGUGUGGGAAAGGUUUUGCAAACAACCACUAUCGAAAAAUACAUGAGAAAACAGUACAUGAGCCUCCCACAGAAAGGUCUUACCACUGCUCUGACUGCGGGAAGAGCUACAGUUUUUUAUCAACCUUCAAAAACCACCAAAGAAAACACACAGGAGAGAAACCAUUCCAAUGCUCCAAGUGCGAGAAAAGUUUUGCUCAGAAAUCCACUCUAAAAGCCCACGAGCAAACACACAUGCCUGCUGCAGAAAGGCCUUACCAAUGCCUAUUCUGUGACAAGAAGUUUUGUAUUUCGGCAUCCUUUAAUUUCCAUAUGAGAAUGCAUACUGAAGAAAAACCAUUCCAAUGUUCCGUCUGCGGAAUGCGGUUCAUUCACGCCAGUUUACUGAAAGCACACAAACAUAAACACAAGCCCUCUGCCGAAAGGCCCUUCCACUGCUCUAAAUGUGGGGCGUGUUUUACUACAAAAGGUAAUCUUAAAUUUCACCAGCUGACCCACGACCGGGGAGAGAGAACUUACCGCUGUUCUGAGUGUGGGCAUUGUUUCUCUCAUCCGAUAUAUCUGAAGAAACACCAGAAAAGGCACAGUAAAGAGAAGUCCAUUGUCUGCGACCUGUGCGGGAAGACCUUCAACCAUCCAAGCAACUUCAAAACGCACAUGAAGAUACACCAAGGAGUGAAACCGUACCACUGCUCCGACUGUGGCAGGAGCUUCGUAUUCCGCCAAGGUUUAACAACACACCAGCGUGUGCACACCGGAGAGCUGCCUUACGUCUGUGAUCAAUGUGGAAAGAGGUUUUCUCAGUACAAUUCUUUGGUGAUUCACCAGCGAACACACACUGGGGAGAGACCUUACCCAUGCUUUGUCUGUGGGAAGAGCUUCAGUCGGUCACAAAACCUGGCUGCACACAAGAGAACUCAUACUGGAGAGAAGCCUCACGCCUGUGAUCAGUGUGGGAAGAGGUUUUCCCGAACCGACGCACUGGCUGUACACAAGCGCACCCACACUGGAGAGAAGCCUUACAGCUGUGAUAUAUGCAAGGAGAGGUUCACCUAUUUAGUAGCCAUGUUGAAACAUAAGAAAGGACAUGGACAUCCUGCAGGUGAUGUUCUCUGUGCUGAAUGGCCUCAGGAUGAUUCUAGCUCUGUUUAUGAAUAGAGAUAACUUUGUGUUGUAACUUGCAGAAGACCUCAUCAAUUUGUCGUUUUACUUACAAUCUAACAGAGAGAGACACACAAACACUCUCACACGCAGACAAACCCAGAGGGCGGCAGGUAGCCUUGCAAUUAAGAGCGUUUGCCCGGUAACCGAAAGAUCGCCGGUUCCAAUCCCCGAGCCGGCAAAGGUUAGGAAGAAAAUGUGCUGUUCUGCCCUUGAGCAAGCCAGUUAGCCCCCGUCAACUCCUCCCCGGGCACAUAUGAAGUGGAUUAUGGCAGCCCGCCGCACCUCUGUGAUUCAGAGGGUUCAGAUGCGGAAGGUUGAAGGCAUUUAGUUGUGCAACUGGCUAGUUAUCCCUAAUUUCCUUUCCACCCAGAGGAAUCGGGAGCACAGAGUGGUUUUUGAGAGUGGUUACCAAGGUUUUUGAGAGUAGUUACUAUGUUUCCUCCGCAUUGGACUGAAUCACAAAACAAGGAUUUGUGGCUUUUAAAUUGUCUGAAAUCACAGUGUUGUGUUUUAUGCAUACACACCUGACAGGUAUAGGAUCAGGUUCUCCUCCCCAAAUCCUAUUAUUAAGCAUUAGUGGCAAAAAAAUGCUACAAGAUCAGCAUCUAGGGGCAACUUCACCCAACACUUUCCCCUUCCCUGGGGGCUGUUCCAGAUGGCAGAUUCAUUGAGUUACUCUACUAAAUAUUCUGAAGUAUCAUUUUUUUAGGGACAAAUAUAGACUUGAAAUUGGCAUGGUGUCAUUAACUUGAAACCAGCAACACAUGUUCAUGUUUAGCUUUCAAAAUAAACCCCUGAUUUAAGAGAUCAAAUGGUUUAAGGAUCUGGUCUCUGGAACUCGCCGCUGCUCCCAGUCACAGUAACGCAGGAGUCAAUUCCACCAUGCCAAUUUCAAGUCCUUAUAUUCCUUUACCAGUAUGGUUAAGUUAUUUCAGAAUAUUUAGGACUAAAUAUGUUUCCAUGGUAACUUAAAUCUUCAUGCAGAUUUCAUGUGAACAUUUGAAAUAAAUUCCUUUAUUGCAAGACAUAAAUCUUUAUCAAUGAAACGUGAAGUUUUAAAGGUGUAAUUAAAUGAAAAUACAUGUCUUAUCUGAAAUCUGUUUUAUAGGUCACAAGUGGAAUUAGGUUAUAGGUAACCUGUGUAGCCUCGGUCUAUGGCAUGUUAAAGCCCUAGGCUCCAGUCCUCUUAAUUCUAUAUGGUUGUAUAAAUAUGUUGUUAUAUACAUUGUUUAUGUAUGUAGAGAGUAGUAGUAGUAGUACAUAUACAGGUAUAAUUGAGGAAACACUAACAUGAGGCUUUGCGGCAACCAGAACAUUUUCACUGCUCCUUGGCAUAGAUUCUACAAAUGUCUGGAACUCUAUUGGAGGGAUGUGACACCGUUCUGUCACGAGGAAUUCCAUCAUUUGGGUUUUGUUGAUGGUGGUGGAAAACGCUUUCUCAGGCGCCACUACAGAAUCUCUCAUAAGUGUUAAAUUCGGUUGUGAUUUGAUGACUGACACACACACUUUAACCCCCCUCUGUGCUCCUUGGAGACCCCUCUAUCAAAGUCACGGAGAUCUCUUGUAGCCCAAAUAAUGCUAAUUUUUAUAUGAUAAUUAACUAACAAAAAACACACCUGUGGAAGCAUCUGCUUUCUAUAUACCUUGCCUCAUUUAGUGUUUCCUUUAUUUUGGCAGUUACCUGUAUAUAUCAGAGAACACGCACACAUGUAUGCAUUGCACCACACAUGCAUGUACACGCAACCACACACAUAAACAUGCAUGUAUGCACACACACACGUACAUGCAGACUCAAUUAAAGAAUGAAAGCACAUGGCAAAAGACAGCUCAUAAUUACUGAUAACAAUUAUGUGUUGUACAAGCUUUUAUUUGUUUUUUACAUUGCUUAAACAUACUUAGUAUUACAUUGUUAACAUUGUGUACAUUGUGACUGAAAUCAUUUCAAAUACUUUAUCUGGGCUUGAUUGAGUUUGACUGGCGUGAACUCUGGACUGACAUUGUGUAUAUGUAUACAUUUCAGUAGGCUUACAUUAAAUAAGAUGAGAACUGUAA